AUGAGUGAAGAGUAAAUUGAAUAAGCAAAUGAUGAAAAUUAAGAAUAAGAAAAUAAUUAAGAGCCUUUACAAGAAUAAAAUGAAGAAUAAAUGAAUGAUCCUGAAUAAGUAGAAUAACCUUAAGAAGAGGAACCUGAAAAGCCUCCUGAAGAAGAUGAGGAAACUAGACGGUUACGAUUAGAAAGAGAAGAAUAAGAAAGAAAAGAAAGGGAGGAAAGAGAAGAGUAAGAAAGAAAAGAAAGAGAAGAAAAAGCAGAAUAAGAAAGGAUUGCUAGAGAAGAAUAUGAAGCUAAAUUAAAAGAAGACACUGCUAAAUUUAAUGAAUUAGUUUUAUAAGGAAUUUCAGGAUUAAGUAAAACUUAAACUGUUUAUGCAUAUGUUAAAUUAACACUUGCAGAAAAAGACAUAGAUAGGAUAUUUUAAAUUAAUCAUUUGAAUCUAAGAUAUAUCGAUAUCUCAUAAAAUAGAAUUGUAGAUAUUACGAAUCUCUUACCAUUAAAGUAUAUAUUAUUUUAAAUCUUUUUAGAUAUUUGGUUUCAUUAAAUGCUUCCAAAAAUGAAAUUAAUACUCUUUCAUAUUUUUAAGAUCCUGAAGCAUUUCCCUAUUUACAAUAUUUAAAUCUCUCAACAAACAAGAUUAAAUCACUUGUUACUGUUUAAUUGAAAAGGUUGAGAAGAUUAAAUUUAAUAGAAAAUGAAAUUACUACAGCAACUGAAUUUGAAGGACAUUUAAAUCUUGAAAUAUUAGAAUUAGGUAAAAAUAAACUGAAAACUACUGAUGGAUUAGCAAAUAUGCCAUUAUUAAAAGUAGAUUUAUUAUUUAUUUAUUAUUAUAGGAACUAUAUUUAUAGGGGAAUGAACUCAAAGAUUUUAGAUCAUUAAAUAAUCUACCUUUGCUAUUAAAAUUAAAUGUAAGAGCAAAUAAGAUUACUAAAAUAAAAACUCCUGUUAUUUAGUUUCCAUAAUUAUAUUAUCUUAAUCUAAGAGAAAAUUAAUUGUCUAAAUUUGAUGAUUUUAAAAAAAUAGCUAAAAUUAGAACUAUAACAACAAUAAAUUUAUUGGCUAAUCCUAUAGUAGAUGAAAUGGGAGCUGAUAAUUUUAAAUAAGAAAUUUUAAUGUUUUAUUUCCAUCUUGUAAGAAUUAAUAAAGUAGAUAUAACUAAAGAAGAUUAUGAUGAAGCUGCUAGAGUAUUAUAGGAAAGAAGAGAUGAAGAAGAAAGAAAAAGAAUAGAAGAAGAGUAAGCAAGAGAAGAAGCUAGAUUAGCAGAAGAAGCAAGAUUAGCUGAAGAAGCAAAAUUAGCUGAAGAAGCUCGUUAAGCAGAAGGAGUAAAGGAAGGAGAAUAAGCCAAUGAAGUUGCUGAAUGA